AUGGCAGGAGCAGGACUGUCUUCUGCUGUCGUCACUGACGUUCAGUCCGAACUGGAGCCAGUUGAUGAAAUCAAAGAAUAUGAGAAAAUCCUCAGGAUCAGUGAUCAGAUUUUUACAGGAACUCACCCCAGACUAAAGGUCCCUGAGCAGUUCGUUCGCAAACCCCCUUCGCGUCCACCCCAGUCAUCAAUUGCACCGGCAGUAAUUGAGAGCUCUGGUAGUCAUCAACCAAAAACUGUACCGGUUGAGUCAUCACUAGCACAGAAAAAGACUGUCUCUUCUGUUGUGUCGCCCGCAAGAACACCGUCGUCUGUAGCUCCAAAGCCUGCGCCCGGUCUCGAUCCGAUUUUCCUAACAAAAUCAGAUGAUCUUGUCCGGGCGGAGAUCCAGUUACAAAGGAGAAGGAUAGAGAAUGCAUUGAAGGAACAAUUUGAGCGAAGCAAAAAUGAGGCGAGACAGAGGACUGCCCAUGAAGGGAGGCCUGAAUUUGACGUUACCGAGGUUUUGAAAAAGGCCAUGGAAAUCGUUAAGCCUCUCCCGUCACCGGUUCAGCCUGUGACUCAUGAUGCUACGAUUUCUAGCGAUUCCAUCGACGACAACUCUCUGUAUUCUAGUAGAGCCCCUGAUUCCCCUUUGACUUGGGAUUACGAAAAACGAGCUCCAUCCGAGCCAGACCGCCAGACGCUCGGUCAAACCAAGGGCAUAGCCCAUCAGGAUAACGGAAGAAAAGUCACUGAUACCGGUUCUCAAAUCUUGCAAGGCACUACUGACAAAGCUAUUCUACCUCAGGGUCGUAGUCAACCCGAGCCGAUAGAGCAGAACCGGCAACACGAGCAAAUGGUCCUUGACGAACCAGAAUAUUCUCCGCCUGAGCCUAUUGUGCCUGUGGUAGAGAUCGGAGCAGAUGACGAUUAUCAGCCACCUGAUAUUCUUGAUUCUACGCGACAUACCACCUUUCCACCACAGCCAUCUGCUCGUCCUUCCGACGUGAAAGUCGUGAGAAAUCACAUCACUUCUCCUGCUGCUCCACAGCCAUCUAGGGUGUCACCCUUGGCGAUUGCCAAAGCCCCGUCGGUUCAACGAAUUUUAUCAUCUCGUUCUAGAGAUCACGAUUUCAUUGAAGGCGACGGCUCAGACCCGUACUCUAGGCGAACCAGUCCCGAAGGACCGGCUCAGCAACAUUUGCUACCCCGCAAGCGGCGGCGAGUACAAGAGCCACGAGAGAGAAUUGAAACACUCCCUAUCGACGUAGCCGAGACGCGUGUCAAGCUGGAACCUGUUUCACCGCCGCCAUUCCAUGAUACCCCACCGUCAAGAGCCUACCAUGCCUCAGAACACCCCGUCUACAUUGACAUCUCUUCACCGCAAUAUGUGCCCUCGGCAGACCGCCGAGAAUACGUUUCUCGAGAACCUUUCCACGAACUAGAUCCUCGAUAUGGAAGUAGCGGCCGUGGACGCGGUACCCCAGGGGAAGCCAGCGUUCGGGCAGUGUCUCGCCUAAGCACUCGGAGGCCGGUACGUGACAACCAGGAUUUACGAAGAGUUGCCAGUCUACAUAAUGCGCGAAACCCGGACAGUGCUUCUCAUGAGAUUAUUGAACCGGUGCUUCGUCCCCAGUCAGCAGCACGAGCGUCGCCCUUUACCGUGGUCGAGCGCCAGCCGCUUGAGAAGACAACAUAUUACGAGGAAGUUAUUCCUACGUACUCUAGGCGGUAUUCACAAUAUCGCGAAUAUUAUGUGGACGAUGGUGCAGCACCACGGUACGUAGAGCCGGCGCCACCGCGACGGAUUGUGAUGGAUGAGUAUGGCAAUCAGUACUAUGAAAUGAUUCCAGCGCACAAGAUUCGAGCGGCACCAUUACCUACUCGAAUCGUGCGACCUGACGAUUAUGGCGAGCGUGCCUAUGUUCGUAGCGCUAGUGUUCGUGCGCCGUCGAUUGUUGAUGAUGGAUACGGUGGUCGCCAAUACAUUCAAGAAAUGGCACCGCCGUCAGGGACCUAUCGUCGAUUAGCCGAACAAGGAAGAAACGCGAGUGAAACUCAACGACUGUACCCCGCGCGGACAGUCGCCGAUCGGGAGGGAGUUUUUCGAAGUGGGAGUGUUGCCGUUGACUACGCACCGGCACCCCGUCAGGCCACUUAUAUUGAAGAAGAGAUUCCACGCAACAGGCUGGUGCGUACAUCUAGUGUACGGCCACCAACUAGCCGGUACGAGCAGCCGCACGAUGGGGGUCUCCAUCGUGUGCAAAGCGUGAGACCUGGGGGACGAGAGGUGAGCGUGUACAUGGAUGAAGACGGCCACCACGUGGCACGUGAAUAUAGUGAACGACCAGGAUAUCCAGCUGCUGUUCGAGCUGAGCGUCCAAGUAGAUAUAUUACGGAUGAAGACGGGACGCGAGUUGCUAUCGAGGGACCAGGAGACGUCCAUCGAGUUGCUGUCCCUCGGUAUUAG